UUCAGGUCUUCUUCGCAAACGCGUGUGGCCAGCCUGUCACAAGCACCUUUUUUGUUACUGUUCCGCCACUGAAAAAACGUGUGAAGAUCAGCACAAAUGUAGACACUAAUGCCUGAGGAGUAAGUUUCACACGUAUGUUCAUACAAACAUGGAUGCCUGUGUAGCGCACGAGAAUCCAUGUUUCUAUGAAUAUAUACCUGAAUCUCUGUCCUAUGAGAAGGAAAAAGAAGCACAUUUGCCACACACACAUACACACAAACACACACACACGGCUUACACACAGACACACACAGCACACACACACACACACACAUCAUGAGCAACAUCUAUGAGUCUGCGGCCACCACCCUUGGCCUGUUCAACAGCCCGUGCCUGGCCAAAGUGGAGCUGCGGGUGACCUGCAAGGGCAUCUCGGACCGUGACGCCCUGUCCAAGCCGGACCCUUGUGUCCUCAUCAAAAUGCAGUCCCACGGACAGUGGCUGGAGGUUGACAGGACAGAGGUGAUCCGUAGCUCCAUAAGCCCUACCUUUUCCAAAGUCUUCACGCUGGACUUCUACUUUGAAGAGGUGCAGCGGCUACGCUAUGAGCUCUAUGACAUCAGCAGCAGCCAUAACGGCAUCAAGGAGGCUGACUUCCUUGGGGCUAUGGAGUGCACCCUGGGACAGAUUGUGUCCCAGAGAAAACUCUCCAGACCGCUGCUCAAACAGGGCAACACAGUGGGCAAGUCCUUCAUCAUGGUCACCGCUGAAGAGCUGACAGGAAAUGAUGACUACGUGGAACUCUCUUUCAGUGCCAGGAAACUUGAUGACAAGGACUUUUUUAGCAAAUCAGACCCAUUUCUGGAAAUCUUCAGGAUUAACGAUGACAGCUCACUACAGCUUGUGCACAGAACAGAGACUGUUAUGAACAAUCUUAACCCGGUGUGGAAAACCUUCAAGACCUCGCUGAAUUCCCUCUGCAGUGGAGACCAUGACCGCCCACUAAAGUGCACGGUGUGGGACUGGGACUCCAAUGGGAAACACGACUUCAUUGGUGAAUUUCAAGCCACUUUCAAAGAAAUGAGAGGGGCGAUGGAUGGGAGACAGGUUCAGUGGGAGUGUAUAAACCCCAAAUAUAAGAUCAAGAAAAAGAAUUACAAGAACUCUGGGAUCGUCAUUCUCAAUCAGUGCAAGAUCAUCAAAAUGCACUCAUUCCUGGAUUACAUCAUGGGAGGCUGUCAGAUCCAGUUCACAGUAGCUAUUGAUUUCACCGCAUCGAACGGAGAUCCGCACAACAGCUGCUCACUGCACUACAUCCAUCCCUACCAGCCUAACGAGUACCUGAAAGCUCUGGUGGCGGUGGGGGAGAUCUGCCAGGAUUACGACAGUGACAAAAUGUUCCCAGCAUUUGGCUUUGGUGCUCGGAUCCCGCCUGACUUCAAGGUUUCCCAUGACUUUGCUGUGAAUUUUAAUGAGGAAAACCCAGAAUGUGCAGGUAUCCAAGGGGUGGUAGAGGCCUACCAGAACUGCCUUCCUAAGCUCCAGCUUUACGGACCGACUAAUAUCGCCCCCAUCAUCCAGAAAGUAGCCAGGUCUGCUUCUCAAGAGAUGCACACCAAGGAGGCCAUGCAAUAUUUCAUUCUGCUCAUCCUGACGGACGGGGUGAUCACAGACAUGGCGGACACACGAGAGGCCAUUGUCCAAGCCUCCCACCUCCCCAUGUCCAUCAUCAUCGUCGGCGUGGGCAGCGCUGACUUCAGCGACAUGCAGAUGCUGGACGGAGACGACGGGAUCCUCCGCUCGCCCAAAGGAGAGCCCUGCCUUCGAGACAUCGUCCAGUUCGUCCCCUUCCGCAACUUCAAGCACGGCUCGCCUGCAGAGCUUGCCAAAACUGUUCUGGCAGAAGUCCCCAACCAGGUGGUUGACUACUACAACAACAAGGGCAUCAAGCCCAAAGUGCCAAGUGAGUUUGAGUCUUCCAGGACAUUCGCCCCGUGAGCAGAGGAAACCAGCACCCACAAACGGAUGGGACGAUUACUCUUACUGAACAGUUGAAUAUUUUUGCUCUUUGGUUUGUUUGUUUCAUUUAGUUGUGCAUGUGAGGCCCCAGAGGCUUGCAUCUGUUAAGCAACUGUAUCAGGAUCUGUAAGGAGGGGAGACAAACGCAAACAGCCAAACUGACUGGCCUAUAGAUGAGCAUGUCCACCGGGAAACUACAGAGCAGGGAAUGUAUGGAACACCCCCAGUUCAUUUUUAUAAGACUUUGUUGAGAUUUUGCUAAAUUUCAUAAGAUGAAUACGUUGUAAAGCAUUUUGGACCCCAGCACAUGGCCUAGCUACCUGCAUUAGAAACGUCUGCGCCCUCAGAAGUCCUUUUUGCAAAUGAGAUGGAAGCAUGGACUUAUUUUGCAUGCUGCUAAUUAAGCAGACAUUUUUUCUCAUUGUUAAUGUUGUUUUCUUAGUGAAGAAUAACGUUUACAGUAUUGUGGAGAUGGAGAUUCUACUCUGAAGCAUGUUGAAAUGUAAACAAACUUGUGUGAGUAGACUUUAAAGCACAACUUGACUAUUCUGAGAAGUUCAGUUGAGUAUAUUAUGGGGACAUUAUUUGCAAAUGUUAUGUUACAUUGAAGUAUUCUGUGAAAAAUGAUUAUAAAUUACUUA